AACAACCUUCCCUCUACAUAGCCCACCAGACUCCAACCCCACCAUUCUCACCUUCAGAAAACUCAUCCACGCUCUCCAAGUCAACAAUGGCAUUCUUUCCUCGAGGCAAAAUUGCAGUUGGGGUGGUCAACGCCGAAGGGAAGAGCGUCUUCGAGGACGACCUGGUCGCCGAAAUCCAGAACUUACCCGGCGACGCCACGAUCCGACGAGUCUUCAAGGUCGACAAAGUCCCCGUCCCUAACAUCCAUUACGUGGGUGCACAUGCUCUGGACGGCAUUGCCAACGAAGCCGGCCUGGAAUGGGUGGAAUGUGAAAUGCCCGCGGGAGCGAAGAGUCCGAUGCACACGACGCCGUCGAUCGAUUUCGGCACCAUCAUCACGGGCGAAGUCACACUGAUUCUCGACUCGGGCGAGGAAAAGACACUCAAACCGGGAGACUUGUAUGUUUUGAAGGCGGCUGCGCACGCCUGGGAGAAUAGGACGUCUCAGUCUCUUCGCUUUUCUUCCAUACUGGCUGCAUCGCGCCCUGGAGCUGUAUAGGAGGCCGGAUAGAGAAGUUUGAAUCUGCACAUCCCGAGCUGGAUCUAAAGUUCAAUGCGAAUGAGAUAAGCCAUCUGCCAGAAUGUCUAUGUUGUGCAUGGGCAGAGUCGGGAGUAUGUAGUGAGGAUAAAGAUGAUUAAGCAAACCCUCGUACUCCUGUC